AGUGCUUGCUAUAUUUCUACGACAAGCAUGACAACCAAAUUUAUUCUAUCACACUCGUCCUCGCCCCACUGAGGAAGACAAAGAUAAGACUUAAAGUCAGUCACUCUGAUGCUAUAAUAAUUCAGUCGGUCCACUAUUUACUUGUAUCUGCUUCACUCCCAGACAGAAGCAGAUCUUUCAACUGAAGCUGAAAGGCCACAAACACGGAUUCUGCUUGAACAACUUACCCUGGUUAUAGUUAUAUCUUUUUUUGCAGACUACCAAAGAAAUUUAUUUCUAUAUUCUGAAAAAUACUUCACCACUUUGGAUACUAUAAGCCAUUACAAUGCUGGCUAAAAAUUAUUUAAUCUACCUUCUUUUGGCAACCCUCUUAAUUAUGGCUGUUAUCCAGCCAGGAAAUGCUAAGAAAAAGAGGAAAAAGUCAAGGAAAAGAAAACGACCCAAACAAGUGGAAUCUUACAACACGACAACCUGUACUAAGAUAAUGCUGCCAAUGUGCCGGAAUUUAAUUCCUUAUUCAGAUACUCAAUUAACAAUGAAAAAAGAAGGAGUUUUAAUGACCCAAGGCCAAUUGUCAGCUCUGAUUGAACCACUCUGGGCAUUUAUGGAUACUGAAUGCUCUUCACAUUUCCGGCUGCUGGCAUGUGGUUAUUAUCUGCCAAAAUGCCACCCUACAACAGGUAAUCCAAUGCUGCCUUGUAGGUCUCUGUGCAGAGAUGCUAAAAAGGAAUGUUCUAGAACUUUUAAUAGACACAGUAUAAAGUGGCCUAACGAGCUGAAAUGCACCAAUUUCCCAACCAAAAACUGUGUGAGUUCAUCAGACAACACUCAUGUUAAAUCUGUUGUAGACACUGGAUCAAGAUGUAUCCUCAACGUUAUUCCAAUGUGUGCCAACCUUACUUCAAACAUCACUCCAGUUAAGAAAUAUAUGUUUGGAGUCCUACCUAACAUGUUUCUACAAAAUUCUCCAGGACAGAUUUUCAAAGAAAUGAAUAAUUUCAAAGAACUUGUUGAAUCAAAUUGCUCACCAAAUAUUGCUUUCUUUGUCUGUGGCGUUUACUUACCAUUCUGCACUGGCAACGAAGGUACUGAUGGAUUCCGCGUGCCAUGCAAAGAAGUGUGUGACGAAGUUUUCGCAGCAUGUGAAACUAAGUUGCUUGAAAUCACCGGAGUUAACUGGCCUAGUAAAUUCCAGUGCCAUCGCUAUCCUUCAAGGGAAUCUACUAGAAACCGUUUGAAAUGUCUGGAAGCUGAUCAAUUGGAUAUUGUACGAAAAGCUGCACUCCCUUCUCUAAACAAGACUGAAACUAACUAGCAUUACCAACCAAAUAUUUUCUAGAAAGGAAACGCUAAGCUAUCUUUUAUUCAAUCUUUAUUUCAUGCUACUAGAAUCUGCAAACAUGCAAACGUCCAUAUAUAUACAUAUACAUAUACAUACAUAUAUACAUACAUACGUGCACACAGGCAACCACAUACAUACACGAUUUUUGUUAAAUGCAACUAACAUACUAAAUACACUUUAUUUAAUUAAUUGCUUUUUUUUCCCCAAUACAUGAAUUUCUUCACAUAUCGUAUUUUCCUUCAAUCUUUGGUUAAUAGUAGUAAUAAUAACAAUAGUAAUAAUAACAACAAUAACAAUAAUAAUAAUAAUAAUAAUAAUAAUAAUAAUAAUAAUAAUAAUAAUAAUAAUAAUAAUAAUAAUGACAAUAAUGAUGAUAAUGAUAAUUUAAAGGAAGAAAUGUUUGAUAAACUUCUGCAACAACAAAGUAAAUGAUAAUAUUUAUAUAUAUUUUAAACCCAUCAUCAUUAUUAAAAAAAUUAACAGUUAUUCAUAAAAGAAAGCAGGAAAAUAAAGAAAUUUCCACUAGAAAGAAAAAUUUUAUUCCAGAGGAACAAUUGUAUAUUGUAUAGCUUACAACUGUAUGCAAUUAUAUUCUCUAUUAUAUAUAUAUAUAUAUAUACAUACUUUAAUGCAUAUAUAUAUGUGUAUGUAUAUAUAUAUAUAUAUAUAUAUAUAUAUAUAUAUAUAUAUAUAUAUAUAUAUAUAUAUAUACAUAUAUAUAUAUAUAUCUAUAUAUAGUCACACUUUACCAACAUGAACAUUUAUGUAAAACAAAAUCUAAGCAAUAGUAUUUCUACAUGAGCAGUAAUUCAUGUUUAGACUUACCUAUACAUUGCUACAUGAAGAAACAAACCUUGUUAAAUAUCACUACAUGAACAUCAACACAAGCUGUUAGACAAUGAGAUAUUGCUACAUAAACGACCAUAUAUCUUUAGGUGCUGUUACAUGAAAUCCCAUGUACUCUUAGCUUGCGCUACAUGAAAAGAAAACCAAAAAAAAAUCCUUACAUAUUUUAGAUAUUGCUACACAAAAAAAGACCCAUUGCUACACGAGCAACUGUAUAUUUUAGGCACUGCUACAUGAACAGAUACAUUUCACUAGACCUUGCUACAUUAACAGCAAUAUACUGUUGAACAUUGCUAAUAUAAACAGUCAUACACAAUAUAUAUAUACAUAUUAAUUUGUAUAUUAUAUACUAGUUACUUUAAUAUAUUCACAUUAAUUAUGAUAAUGUGAUGACGUGCCAUAUGUUCUCUUACACUAUACUGGUAUUUUUUCUAUAUUUUUUGAUACUUUUUUUAUUAUUAUUAUUAUUUUUGCCAUCUCAUCUUUUAAUUAGUAUCAGUUUCUUGCACUGCUAUAAAUCACUGGAAGGACACAAUACCUACUUGUUAACUAUUAUAUAACAUAAGUUUAUAGUUAGUUAAUAUGUAAAUGAAAGUUUGAAAAGAAAUUGAUGUGAAUUCAAA